AUGGACACUUUGCCGAUUGAGAUCCUCACCGACGUACUUGUCAUUGUACUUCAGGAUGCAGCGACAAAACCAACAAAUAUUUUAUGCACGUCCUCUCAGUUCCAGUCUAUCGCUCAGAGAAUACUACACAAAGAUCUAUGCUUUUACUCGUCUUCUCAACUUUCACAAUUCGCAAGUCUUCUUUCUAAAGGAACUCUAUCUCUGGUCUGCGAGCCGCAGACACUCAUGCUUGACAUCGCAGGCGGUGCAUCUUAUGGGAUAUUCGAAGGAUUAUACGCUGUCUUGACCGAAAUCUUAUCUAAUGCUCGAUGCAAGAAGGACGAGAACGGACGGUUGGUAUUGGAUACAUUGAGACUCAGGUUGAACUCCCUUACGCAUGAUGACCACCGGCUAAUCAACGCUUCCUUGUCCAACGCAAAUGCAAGAAAAUUCAUAUGGACAGGGCCUGAUCCUCCGCACCAUUUUUCUACUGCGAUCGUGUCUCCUGCGGUGUUUCCCUUAUUCACAGCACUUUCCACAUACAGCCGUCUUACACAUCUACAUCUCACCAACAUUGCUUUCCCCAAUCCAAUCAUCAGCCCAGAUGCUCAUUGGACAGGCAUUCCUUGCCUCCCCUCCUUACGCUCUUUUCAUCUCGGUCAAGCGACGUUCCUCACCGCGGAAGAUAUCGCUGACUUUGUGUUACGAUGUACCGGUCAACUCCAAAAUUCCUCUUGCAACCUUCAAUCUUCUAAUGUUGUUUUCGAACACAUACGUCUGGUAGACGUAUAUGAAGAGAGUAUUUGGGGUCCCAGAUUAAAGCUGCGGCGUAUUUUGUCUGCUUAUACUACGAUGCUGGAGGAAUCGCAAUACUCAAAUGAGAUGUUGAGCUCGACAAUAUCAGACUCGAUUGGAAACCUGAUAUCAGUAGAUGCAAAGACGGAGAGGAUUAUGGGAGGGGAUCGAGUUAUACCUGAAGCUGAAGUAUUGGCAAUUCUCGCGACAACACACACUAUUGUUUGA